AUGGGUAUCUUUAGCAGCCAUGGCAGUAUCAUUAACCAUACAUGUCCGACGCCUGCUGCAUUUGCCAUAGAGGCAUCUGAGCCAUCUAUCGGGAAUAGUAUCUACUUCUACCAUCUCAACAUGAUCAUAUCGGGCGCUUGCACAGCAUUAGUAGUUCUCAUCAUGUUCAGCCCAAUGUUCUGGCAUCCAAUUCACCUGAGCAAGCCUAGGGAACUAAUAAAGUAA